UCAGAAAAAGAAAGAGCGGGCUCGAAAUUGAAGAAAUAGAAGAUGAUGGGCGGAGGUACAGAAGCUUUUCCGGAUCUCGGUGAGCACUGCCAAUACCACGACUGCAACCAACUCGAUUUUGUUGCAGUUGUUUUGCCUGGAGCACGCACAGAACUUAUAGAUAGAACUUAUAGAUCUCACGUCUGCUCAAAAGCCGAUCACAACAGCAGAAUUGUCGCCGUCUGUGAAUUAUGUUCAGCCUCCAUAGAAAAGCAGGCUGAUGAGGAAGACGAAGACAUCCUCUCUCACCACAAAAAAUCCGGAACUUGCGACCCAUCAAAAAAGAAGAAGCCUCGUUAUCCUGUGCUGAGGUGCAGGGAGGUCCUCACAUUGUCCAAUAGCAGCACAUGCAAGGUUUGUAAUCUCAAGGUCUGUAUCAGGCAUCGCUUCCCGUCUGAUCAUUCAUGUAGGGCUGCAGAUUUGAACAUAAAGUUUUCUCAUUCCAUCAAGGUAUUCUGA